CGAGAUAGGGGAAUACGUACCCAACAGAAGAGGAAGAGUGGGCAGGUCUAGCCCGGCCAACCUGUCGUGCCAGUUUUACGCCGGGUUAUGGGCGUUGAGACAUGCGUCGCCUCCAGAGCCGAGCAACGGCCACGAAUAAUGCGGCCAGAACCCGACUCAACUGCUGCCAUCCCCAGCUGGAGAAGAAAUAAAGCUAUAAGAAUGACGGUCUCAUCCCUUCCGCAUCGUCAUUAUCAUUAUCAUCAUCAAUAUCUCCAUUCACAUCCUCAUCACCACACUCGUAGACCGCUGUUCUUACACACACUACCAGUAAUUUCCAAAUCGCAACCAUGUCCUCCAAGUCUAAGGGCGGCAAGAAGAAGGAGAGCAGGACAGACACUCUUAGGACACUAUACACGACUUUGACAUCGCAAGCCGCCAAGAUCCAGAAGCAGUCCGAAACUGUUGAAGGCCUGACUGAGGAAUACCAAAAUGUUCAGAACGAUCCCGCCAAACACGUCUUCAUCAAGUCCACCUACGACAAGCUCACCCGCGCCUUUGACAAGCUGGAGUCGUACCGGACGGCCUAUGCUACGAUAGAAGCCGACUACAACGCCCUCCUCGACCAGGCAGGGUCGAGCUCCGCGUCUUCGAGCGGCGGCGGCGGCAGCCGCCCGUCCUCGGCCUCGGGGUCUUCAAAGUCGAGCGCGAGGGAGGCCGGUGCGUGGUGGGAGUGUGGCGUUUGCGAGGGCAACGGAGUCACGACCACAAAUGCCAUCCAGUGGACCGCCGACGACGACAUUACUCCCACAGCGUGCCGUACACAAGCCUCUACCGUCAGCGCCGGGUAG